UUAUGCAUGCAAAGGCCCACCUGCAGCAACUUCUCCUCCCUUCCCCGUCGCUUUCAGCCCGGCCCCCACCUUCUCUCUCCCCAGCACCACCACACACACAGCCGGAGCAGGGCUCGCGCGGCCAUGGCGGCGCACGCAUGGCCGGGCGCGGGGGCUUGAGCUCGCGCAGCCGGAGCGGAGCAUGGCCUGGGAGGGGCUCGCGGAGCGGAGCGCGCAUGCCCAGGGCGGGGAGGGGCUCGUCUUCUUUGCCUUGCCACGCCUCCUCGCCGCUCCCGCACGGCUAGACGAACGGGCCGCCGGGCGAGACGGGCGCAGGGCGAGAGGGCCGGAGUGGGCCGUCUCCGCCCGCGCACUCCACGGCGCCCUCGCUGGGCGGUCGAGCUCCAGCUCCACGGCAUGGCCGAGGACGAGGACGACGCGGCGGAGGACGAGGACGACACGGGACGGCUCGCCGGGCGCACCAGCUCUAGCUCGCCCUGGCCGGCUGCUCGCGUGGACGAGGAGGACGCGGCGAAGGACGGGGACGGCACGGCUCGCCGGGCGCCCCAGCUCUAGCUCGCCCUGGCCGGCUGCUCGCGUGGACGAGGAGGACGCGGCGGAGGACGAGGACGGCACGGCUCACCGGGCGCUCCGGCUCCGGCUCGCGUCGUCCUGCUGCUGCUCCUGGGCCUCGGCGCGGAGAGGCCGGCGCGGCUGGCCUACUCCCUGUGUGCUGGCCGUCGCUGUCGCGUGCGUGCCCGAGCUCUCGCGUGCGUGCGUGCUAGCCGUGCUUGAAGCUCUCGCGUGCGUGCCCGAGCGCAGGCCGCCGCGCGCGUGCUAGCCAGCGCGUGCAUGCGCAGCAGCAGCCACGGCUCGGCCCCGCCCCGCUCCUAGCAGCGUCGCAGGAGAGCCGUUGAGGAGCUGCGCCUCGAGGUGGAGCACGGGGGCGUCGUCGAGGCUGCGACGAGGAGCCGUGCGGCGUGGCCAGUCUGCGCUGCGCGGGGAGGACGUCGGCGGCGGUGCCGGGGGGGCGCGCCGAGCUCGAGCAGCGCGUCGGCGGCGGGGGAAGAUGGAGACGCGGCUGAGGGAGUCGCCCGGUCGGCUGGGGUCGUCGCCCACGAGCUCGAGCUCGCGUGGCCCGACAGUGCCCACAACAUGUUUGUUGUAAUGACAAAACGAAAAAGAAAAAAAUAAGACAUAACCUGGGAGGCACAACGGCUGGAAAAUUUUUGCACCCCAACGCAAAGUUAGCGCCGAGGCCUUCCCAGGAGGCCGAAAAAACGCCUUCUGGAGGGCACAACGGCUGGAGAUGCCCUUACGAGGAUCGUGCAUAUCCUCCAAUGGUCUAGGUAAGUUAUAUUUGGUACAAGUUUUAGAUAUGUUCUACUCCAGCCACCUUUGGAUGUGCGGCAUGUUAUCGUUUGUGUUUGUGUCGGGAGGUACCGGAGCUGCCUCUGGUUGCACGAGAAAGUGAGGAGCUUGAUGAUGUUGAGCUCCUUGAGUGGAGCUUGAACCGUGUGUGUGUCUGUAUAAAACCUAUCUAUGUAUUUAUCUAGAUAGCACCUGGAACUCUAGCAGUAUUGGGGUGCCUGUAGAAUGAACUCUAGCUGUAUGGGUGUCGCUGGGAACCAUGGGUGUGCGGCAAUGCGGCAUGUUAUCGUUUGUGGUGUGGUGUUGGCGUCGUUGAACCAACCAACCUACCUAGCUUGAUCUUUGAUGGUCUGCUAGCUAGACUAAGACUUGGGUGGAGUGGAUAAUCAGUGUUUGAACCAUGCCUGAUGGUCUUGUGGGAUCAUAUCUAUAUAUAUCUCCAUCCUUUAGUA